CCACGCCGCCAAAUUUUCUACCGGUAGAAUUUAUUUUAAUUUAAUUCCAGUCAAUUUCCACCCCCCUCGUCGUCGUCUCGUCUCCUCCUCCCUCCAGGCUUUCGACAGCCCACCAAGCCGCACGCAGCCGCCAACCACCCGAUGCCCGCGCCGCGAGGCGCGUCGCCGCUGCUAUGACCUCGCCGCCGGCCUCCACCUCCUGGUUCUCCGGCCUCGCGCGCGCCUCGUCCAUGGCCGGCGGCGUCGCCUCCGCCCCGGCCUCCUCCGCCUCGCUCCCCGACGCGCCCGCCGCCGCCGCCAGGUCCGUGGUCGCCGCCGCCGCCGGCGCGGGCGCGGGCGCUGCCGGGGGCAAGCGGAAGCAGCUGCACGGGGCGCUAUUCAAGUACGGGCCCAAGUCCGCGCAGGUAGCAUUCAGAACUGGUGAUUUUAACCAUCAGGUGAUCUUCAUUGGUGGCCUCACAGACGGACUGUUAGCUACUGACUACUUGGAACCAUUGUCUAUUGCAUUGGAGGUUGAGAAAUGGUCCUUGGUCCAGCCAUUGCUUUCUUCAUCAUACAGUGGAUAUGGAAUUUCCAGCUUAGAGCAAGAUGCAUUGGAACUAGAUCAGCUUAUCAGUUACUUAAUAAAUAAGGAAAAUUCUGAAGGAGUAAUAUUGCUUGGUCACAGUACAGGUUGCCAGGAUAUUGUGCAUUAUAUGCGCACAAACUUUGCUUGCUCAAAAGCAGUUUCUGGGGUCAUUUUGCAGGCCCCAGUAAGUGACAGGGAAUAUAGAGCAACUCUUCCAGAAACAGCUGAAAUGAUAGACCUGGCAGCAAAAAUGAUUAGUGAGGGUCGUGGAAUGGAUUUGAUGCCUAGAGAAGCAAACCCAGAUGCUCCCAUUACUGCCUACAGGUACCAUUCCCUUUGUUCAUAUAUGGGUGAUGACGACAUGUUCAGUUCAGAUCUAAGUGAAGAUCAGCUGAGGCAGAGACUUGGUCAUAUGUCAACCACACAGUGUCAGGUGAUUUUUUCAAUGGGGGACGAAUAUGUCCCUGAAUAUGUUGAUAAGAAGGCUCUAGUAGACAGGCUAUGUAGAGCGCUGGGAGGCGCAGAGAAAGUUGAAAUAGAAUGGGGAAACCAUGCUCUGUCCAAUAGAGUGCAAGAGGCAGUUCGGGCCAUUGUAGAUUUUGUUAAGAGGGAGGGGCCCAAAGGUUGGGAUGAUCCAUGGAGCUAGAUAUAGCAGUUAUAUCUCAUUUGUAACUAGUCUAUGAUUUUACCCUUUUUUCUUCCAAUUGUAACAUUUUUCUUUUGCAUUAUUGUUUGAUCCAAUUUUUAUUAUAGUGAUAUGCUGGCUUAUUUAUCCCCUUCUCUUCUCUCCUUAGUAUGCAUCGUGUUCAAGUCUGAUUUGUAAAUUGCAAUGAUUUCCAAAUCUUCUUGGUUGCCGAACCA